GCCCCGCGGAGGCUGCGGGAGAGAGCUCGAUGGGCCGCGGCGGUGGGCGCACGAUCUGCGGGGACUCAUGCCACGCGCGUCCCGGCCCGGCGCGCAAUUAGCAGCCGCCUCCGCAGCCCGCCGCCGCCGCCGCCUUCUCGCCUUCCUGGGCUGCCGCGGCGAGAAGCUGCAGUCCUUGCCUCGCACCGGCUGCCGGCAUUGUCCUCCCGCUCCGCCGCCCAGGCUGCCGCUGCCGCCGUGGGCUGCUGCGGGGCCCCGGACCCGCGCCGCAGGGACGCGCUGCCGCUGCAGGUCGGCCCCCGGUCCCCGCUUGGUGGUUUCCGCGCCUUGCGCUCCUCUGCCAUCCUCUCCUUAGUUUUUCCUGCGAAGCUGAGGACGGGGAGAAGUCCAGCCGCCAAGCCCAGCCUUCCUCCGGCGUGCAGCCCCGACGGGGCCGCGGCUGGCGCGGUAAGAGCGCCGACGGAGCCAUGAGAGAGUACAAAGUGGUGGUGCUGGGCUCGGGCGGCGUGGGCAAGUCCGCGCUCACCGUGCAGUUCGUGACCGGCUCCUUCAUCGAGAAGUACGACCCCACCAUCGAGGACUUCUACCGCAAAGAGAUUGAGGUGGACUCGUCGCCGUCGGUGCUGGAGAUUCUGGACACGGCGGGCACGGAGCAGUUCGCGUCCAUGCGGGACCUGUACAUCAAGAAUGGCCAGGGCUUCAUCCUCGUCUACAGCCUUGUUAACCAGCAGAGCUUCCAGGACAUCAAGCCCAUGCGGGACCAGAUCAUCCGCGUGAAGCGGUACGAGCGCGUGCCCAUGAUCCUGGUGGGCAACAAGGUGGACCUGGAGGGCGAGCGCGAGGUUUCGUUCGGCGAGGGCAAGGCCCUGGCCGAGGAGUGGAGCUGCCCCUUCAUGGAGACGUCGGCCAAAAACAAAGCCUCGGUGGACGAGCUGUUCGCCGAGAUCGUGAGGCAGAUGAACUACGCGGCUCAGCCCAACGGCGACGAGGGCUGUUGCUCGGCCUGCGUGAUCCUCUGAGGCGCCCGCGGCUGCCGCGCGCCGGCCGCGCUCUGCGCACAAAAGCCAAACGCACCCGAUUCUUCUAAAUGUGAUUUCUCUUCUUGCUUUGAGAUUGGAGACGACUUUGCAUCAGCCGGGGUGUCCCGGGAGCCCGGCUGGCCGCCGUGGCCGCGUCCCCUUCCUCUGACCCGUGUCCGAGGGGGUGUCCCGUCAGGACCAUCCGAGACCCGGUGGAAAUGUGGCUCUUUGCAGCAUGUACGUUUCUCAUUGAUUUUGGUUGACGCAUAUUUCCCCAUUGAAGCAGCCGUUGCGGCGCAGUAUGGCAGCUUGACAGCGGCAAGCGAAAGUUUCAGCCUGGAAAAAAAAUGGGGUGGGGGAGGAAGAGGAUGGGGAGAAGGUGGAAAAGGGGGAAUUCUUUUUUUUUUUCUUUCAACAACCGUUUUUCUAGUUCCAAGUUUUAAAUACACGGAAGGAAGUCCGGGAGAACCAAAUGAAGGAGCAGGAUGAGAGGAAGAAACUUUUGUUUUUUCCUUGUUUUCCAGGAGUAGCUGGAAAUUAAGAUCGGGUUCCUUUUCUGCCAGCUUGGAAGGGCAACCCCGUGACUGCGAUUCUGAGGAUGUCUAUGCAAAGUUGGAUUCUUGUUACAGUAUAUCCAAUCUGAAGUAUUGCACAUCUGAACUGGGACUGUUAACACUGAUGCCAAUACAGUGUGGGGUGCCAGAAAGUGUCUGCUGAUAUUUGUGGAAAAAAAAAAUCUAUUUUGUUUACCUACUGUAUCCAAGGGGAGUCUGGGGGAGAAUGGUAGUAUUUUUUUUUUUUU